UAUGAUUUUACACCUAACCUUAGCGGUGUCGUUAGCUUCAUGCCUAACCGUAAUCUUAAAUAAAGACCAAAAGACACAUGAUUGUUUUCAGGAAGUUUUACGAUAUAGCCUUUGUGGCUGUGGUAACUAAUGACGACAUUGCACUCGUGAUUGUAAUUUCCGGUCAUCCCGGAAGACCGUCUACGAGCCAGCUUUAGCCAAAUGAAAGUUAGAUGAUUCCGUGCUUUGAAUUAGCUUUAGAUUAUGUCGGCGCAGAAAAAAACAUAUAUUUAGCCACACCCGUGAGGCACUUAUAUACAUUUAAAGAAAUAGAUUGUAUGUUCGUGGAUCUCCUUGUAUUCGUAUCUCUGCCAUGACUCUGAGCAUGUCUCCGGCUGCGGUUUGCCAGUGCUUUACUUUGGUGUCCCUGUGCACGUCCAUCGCUGACCCCAACUGGAUCCAGGUCAGGAACAGUACUGACCCCGGAGGAAAACAAAUCAUCUAUGGAGUGGCCUUCACACUGCACGCUGCCCAGAACAUCACUGACACAGGUCCUCUGGGUGGUGUUAACGGCUCGGGGAUGUGGCUGCUCUAUGCCCUAGCGGCUCUGUGCUACACUGCUGUCCUGCUCUCCAGCUCCUCCUUCUUAUUGGACUUCUUGGGGACUGGGAUGUCCCACCCUCGACUGGUGGUGUCACUCCACAUCUCCACUGUUGUUUUCCUAAUGUCCGUGCUGGGAGUGUGUGGGGCUUGCCUGUACGUAAUCAGCGGCAACCUUCAGGAGGGCAAAUUUGGGCUACUGUGGGACUGGGUAGGGGGCUGGACCUGGCCUGGGUCUGGGUCUUGGUCUCCUAGGCCUGGCACCAGAAGCCAAGCAGGGGCAGUGGGAAUGCAGGCUUACCCAGGGGAGAGCUUCUACAUUGCCAUUCUGGGCCUACUUUUUUCCUGCCUGGCUUCCGUGAUCAGCCUGAGUUGCCCGGGGGACCCCACCUCUACCCAGAGUGACUACACAGCCGUGGUGGAAGGGGACGACAGUGACACAGAGCCCCUCACCCCCAGGGAGCAGGGAGUAGGCCAGUCUGACGGAGACAACAGGGGGGAGGAGUGGGCAGGAGAGGUGGUCCCUGAACUUAAUCAGGUGGAGGUGGAUGGAGGUGGAGACUGCUAAAGGGGGUUCUGUUUAUAUGUGUAGCCCAAAAGGUGAGCUGUGGUUUGGUUUUUACUAGAAUGCGAACCAGGAUCACACAUGGCCUGUAACAGACUAUAUUAGACAGCAGUGCUGGCCCCUUCCCUGGUCAUGUUUUGGUUCCUUUCAAUGCUUCACUUGACCAAGAUAGUAGAAUCCUGUCAGGAGCCAAAAAAGAGAUCCAAUACAUUUUCUAAUGUUCUCUUAAUCUUUGUCUGCCUAAACUUCCCUCUCGGGUCAGUGUGUAUACAGUUGCACAACAUACAUUUUAAAAAGAAUAACAUCUUUCCCUUGUGGGAGUUUAGGCCCAGAGUCUCCAACUUCACUUGACCAAGGUCAAAUUUUAUUUUGCUUGCUGUGAUGGUUGAAAAAGUGUGCCACAUGUUUAAGCUAUUUCUGUCUGUGUGACCAGGGCAAGUGCGUUAUACAAAUGAUAUGCUCUUUUCAAUAUAGUUGAACACGUGGCGUCACAAGCGUUGACCCUGUUCCCAUUACUGCAAAAUAACCACUGGGGUGUGUUCAGGAUCAGCGAAUGGUUUCAAACAGUUCAAAACCAGAAAAUAUGUUCAAUUGAGCAUAAGUUGAAAUAUAGCCCAUGUUUGUACAAUCACCUAUUCUCCUCUUCUAGUUAUAAAAAUCCCUACAGGAAGGUUUUUUAAAAUGAUUUUUGCAGGUUGUUUUCUAACCUAUGCAUUAUCUUAACUUCUUAAUCCCUUUGCACAGUCUUUCAUAGUGACACUUGAAGUUUCCCAAAUGGAGGACAGAAAGAGAGUUUCCUUUGAGAAAUUAAAUUUAAAAAGCCCGUUUGGCUAUUAUUGCCACUAGCUUUUAUCACUUUUAAUUGAUGCACUAUUUAUUAAUGCAUGGAUGUUUACUACUAUAGGAAGAAUUGAGGGGGAUAUGACAGCUUGCCUUUCCACAACAGGUAGUGUAAAUACAUGGCUCUUGCCUUUAUAUGACCUGAUAUACUAAUGAUAUUAAAAUAUGAUGUAUUAAAUAUUGUAUGUAUUCGAAUGUUUCUGGUUUCAUAAAAUGUUCACACUGCUAUUGGUUACUAGAUAAUACAUAUCACUGUGAAAAUAUAUUCCAGUUUGGCAUCUUUAGAUGGUUACGUUACAGCACAAACCACUCUAUAAAGCAGGGUUAUCCUGCUUAAAGGCAAUCAAUAAAACCAUCUCCUUGAUAGUGUUUGGUUGCAGAUGAUGGUAGGACCAUGGAUAUUGGCUUAAUUAAUUAAGAUAGCUAAGAGCCUGCCUAGAAUCAGGUUUUCCUUACCCACUUGUUUCCUGGACACAGAUUAAGCUUAAUCCUGGAUUGGGAAACAUGUUCAAUCGAGAUUCUCUUUUUAUUUCAAGACCAGGCUUAAUCUGUGUCCUGGAAACUAUCCCUCAAUCUCUUCCUCAGGUACAUAGGAAGACAUUCCUUCUCUUAUUCCAGUGUCACAGUCCCAUCUCUAUGAAUCAGACGGUUCAUUGUGAUUGUUUGUGAUGUUAUUUAUUCAUUAAACUGUUUUUGUGUUUAA